UUCGAAACAAAAUCAAUCAGGCCACCUCCCUCUCUGCCUGUCUCUCUCUCUACGAACUUUAUCACCAUCUACUCUCUUUCUAUUACAGACGGACAACAAAAGUCUUUGGGGAGGAAUAUGGUGAGAAUACUGCCCAUGGCGUCUUCAAUUCGGCCUUCUCUCUCGACUUUCAGGUUCUCCGGUGCCUCUCGCUAUGGUGUUUGUCUUUCCUCUUACAAUCCUUCUCGGCGAUUCGCCUAUCUUGGCAGUGCCAUUUCACAGUCACACAUCUUUGGCUUGAAAAUUUCAAAGCUGUCGAAAGGCAAGGGUACAAGCGUUGGGGUGGCUGCUAAAAAUAUAGUACGAGCAAGCGCAUCUGCUGCUCAAGAAAAUGUUCUGGAGUGGGUUAAACAGGAUAAGAGAACAAUGCUUCAUGUCGUCUACCGUGUUGGGGAUUUGGACAGGACAAUAAAAUUUUACACUGAGUGCCUGGGGAUGAAGCUACUUCGGAAGCGUGACAUUCCAGAAGAGAGAUACACCAAUGCCUUUCUUGGUUAUGGGCCUGAAGAUUCUCAUUUUGUAAUUGAACUCACUUACAAUUAUGGAGUUGACAAGUACGAUAUCGGAACUGGUUUUGGACAUUUUGGUAUUGCGGUUGAGGAUGUUUCUAAGAUAGUGGAACUUGUAAAGGCCAAGGGUGGCAAAGUAACCCGGGAACCUGGACCUGUUAAAGGUGGAAAUACAGUAAUUGCAUUUGUUGAGGAUCCAGAUGGUUAUAAGUUUGAACUGUUGGAAAGGGGACCUACACCAGAGCCUUUGUGUCAAGUGAUGCUUCGAGUUGGUGAUCUUGAUCGUUCCAUAAACUUUUAUGAGAAGGCAUUUGGCAUGGAGCUUCUUCGCAAACGAGAUAAUCCAGAAUACAAGUAUACAAUAGCAAUGAUGGGAUAUGGUCCUGAAGAUAAAAAUGCAGUGCUGGAAUUGACAUACAACUAUGGAGUUACCGAAUAUGACAGGGGGAACGGUUACGCGCAGAUUGCGAUAGGAACAGAUGAUGUCUAUAGAACUGCGGAAGCAAUUAAACUAUGUGGUGGGAAGAUUACUCGGGAACCUGGACCAUUGCCUGGUAUUAACACAAAGAUUACUGCAUGCUUAGAUCAUGAUGGAUGGAAGACGGUUUUUGUAGAUAAUAUUGAUUUUCUUAAGGAGUUGGAAUAAUUUAUCGGAUCCGCAUACCAAUCUUGCGACAAUUGAAUCUGAAUCUCAAGCCUGAAAGAGUUCCUAAGCUCAUAUGAAAAUGUAUUGAAGACCACUUUUGGAGAUGGAUAUCGUCUCGUUCAAGGGUUGACAGUAAUAAGCUUCUUGAUUAGCUUUGCAGCAGUUUGGUUAGUCAAAAAUAUUAAUUUACAUAUUUUAUUGUGUUUCUUCUUUCUCACUCUCCUCCCUCCAAUCAAAAUUCUCCACAAAUGAGUUUGUUUCAUCCACUCACUUGUAGAAGAGCUUUGUAAACAUUAUGAUUAUACCUUUAAGUUAUUGUAUCAUAACUUUCAUAUACAAUGCUGAUCGUGUAAAUUAUUAUUUUCAAGAGAUUUCCUUUAAAUUUGAAC